AUGAGAAUCUUCCAGGCAGGCCCUUUGGCCGCUGCCCUCUCCAUUUUCUCGGGACUGGCUUCAGCUUCUGUCUUCCAGAACCAGACUUAUGACUACAUUGUCGUCGGUGGUGGACCUGCCGGUAUCAUCAGCGCUGAGAAGUUUGCUCAGGCUGGCAAGAAGGUCCUCCUUCUUGAACGUGGUGUCGGCCCUACUGUGGCUACUGGCGCCAACGAGACUCUCCCAUGGAACCACUCAGUCACCCCCAUUGACCUGCCGGGUCUUUCAGCUGACAUUGGUUCCCUCGAUCUCUGGGAAGAGUAUAUGUGCACCGAUACCGGUGGCAACGCUGCCUGUGUUCUUGGCGGUGGUGUGACUGUCAACUACAUGGUCUUCGUUCACCCUCCUGCUCACGACUUUGAUGAUAAGUGGCCUAAGGGCUGGAAGUGGAACGAUGUCAAGCCCGCUUCCGAGCGUCUCUACAAGCGCAACCCAGGCACCCUCCUCCCCUCUGCUGAUGGUAAGCGUUACGAUCAAGUGCUCUACAACGUUCUGUCCAAGUUCCUUGGUGGUCUUGGCUGGAAGUCUGUCGACAUGAGUGCUCAGCCAGAUGAGAAGCACGAAGUCUUCAGUCACCCUGCUUGGAACUUGAAGAACCAGAUGCGCGCUGGUCCUGUCCGCACUUACCUCCCAGAAGCUGAGAAGCUCAAGAACUUCCAGCUCGCCCUCCAGACCAAGGUUAUCCGUCUGGUCCGCUCCGGCAGCCAUGUGACCGGCGUCGAAGUUCAAACUGCCUCAGGCGAGACCGAGAUCAUCUCUAUUACUCCCCACGGUCGUGUGGUACUGGCCGCCGGUGCUCUGUCUACCCCCCGUGUGCUGUGGAACUCUGGUAUCGGCCACGCUGCCCAGAUUGAGACUGCCAAGAGCAACGGUGUCACUGUUCCCCCCAAGCGCCAGUGGAUCGAUCUCCCCGUUGGUGUCGGCCUCAAGGACCACCCCAUUUUCCCUAUUACCUUUAACGCCAAUGCCUCCUUCGGCCUGGUCGACUAUGACGGUGUUCUCAACGGCUCCGAUACUCGCGAUAUCUCCCUCUACAACAAGCACAGCGGUGUCCUGACCCAGGGUAAGCACCGCAUGAUCUUCUUCACUUCCGAAGAGAUCGACGGCCACACCCAGUACUACCAGGGUUCUUGUGCCCCUACCGAUGAAGGUGUCGUCACCAUCACCUCUUACCUGACUCAUGGUCUCACCUCUUCUGGUGUACUGGGACUUGAUGCCAGCGGAAACACCGUCAUUGAGAAGUCGCCCUACCUCCAGACCUCUUCCGACAAGAAGGCUGCCCAAACCUUUGUCGCCAAGAUGGUUCGCGAAAUCACCAACCCUGCCACCGGCUUCGAGCUUGUUACCAACACCAAUGUCUCUGCUAUUAUCAACGCCCUGAGCCCUGGUAACCACUACACCACUACUGCCAAGCUUGGUAAUGAUGAUGGUCGUAAGGGUGGCUCUUCCGUCGUGGACCUCAACACCAAGGUGUACGGAACUGACAACUUGUUCGUCGUUGAUGGCAGUAUUCACCCCGAUCUCCCUACUGGUAACAUUCAGACCACCAUCAUGGUUGUUGCCGAAGCCGCCGCUGCCAGAAUUCUGGCUUGUUAA